AUGCUUGUGACUGAGGUCGCAUGUAGCGAUGCCAUUCGCCAGGCUCGUGUUACGCGAGUGCAGUCGAGGGGUUUGAAGAUGUCGAAACGGGUGAAUUUGAAAAGAAGCGAAAGUGGUACCCACACUGUCUUCAAGAAGUUUGGUCAGUCGAUUGAUGUGAAGAUAUCAACAACUGAUUUGCCAACCAAAAUGAGCUUUCCCUAUGUGAAGUUUUCAAGUUGGCUGCGUUACAUUGUGGAGUAUGACAACCUUGACUGCUUAGUUGGUACUGGUGACGUUGAGAAAAUGCGCCCAGUGCUCACUACCUUUUGGAAACGGUUUGAAGCCCUGUACCCACACCAUGUCAUAUGCGAUCGUGCUGAAGGUGAUCGAGACUUCCACAGAAGCAUGUGUAUCCCAGUACUCUACCAUGGAGAUGAAGGAAGGGGAUUGAAAAAGAAACAACUUAUGGUGCUGUCUACUCACGGCUGCCUCGGCAAGGGCAAUUCACACUCGAAUUUGGGAAAAACACAAGCUGAACUGGAAAACCCUGAUGGACCCUUACGUGCCAACAUGCUUGGCAAUACAUUCUGCAAUCACUUUUUGCAGUGUGUGAUGCCUAUCAGUUUGUAUGGGGAGGCACCUGAAGCCUUCGAGCAUAUGCUUCAGCUACAAGCCGAUGAAUUUGCAAAACUGUUUUGGGAUGGCAUUGUUAUCCAGAAUCAGCGUUUUUUCAUUGCAUGUGUGGGGAUCAAAGGUGACAGUCCUUUUGUUCAAAAGAGUGGCUUGUUCGAUAGGUCAUUUACCAGGCGGCCGCGUGCCCCAACUUCCAGGACAGCUGCUGUUGGAAUUUGCCAUCGAUGUCUUGCUGGUAAGGAAAACUAUCAGGUCAAUGGGGUUCACAUUGAUGUACCCUAUGAGGAAUUGGGGGUGGAAACACCUAUGUGGAGAGGUACAAUUGGCGUAACGCCACCCUACAGCGCACCCAGCCCUUUGCUGAACAUACCAUAUGAGCGUUCUGGUGAUCAAACUGGUAUGUGGAAGUUUGACCUAUUUCACAGCUUUCAUUCAGGCGUUGGCAAGUAUUUUGCUUCAUCUGUAGUGGUGGUGUGUUUGGAGCUGAUUGAUGCUUCGAUAGAUGAGUCGCUUCGCAUCAUUUCAAGUGAUUUCCUGGAGUACUGCAAAAGAGAGAAAGAAAGCCCAUACCACAAAAAGAUCACGAAAGCAUUACUCGGAAUAGAACAUUCCUUCAAAGAUUGUCCUGAUGGUGGGUGGACCAAAGGUGAUUUCACACGUGUCAUGUGCCAAUGGUUCGACAACUAUGCUUCCAGAAAAGUUGUUGGGAAAACAGCUGAAGCUGCAGUGACGAUCAACCUUUGCCUGGGGAAUCUCUACAGAGAGGGUCUCUUCAUCAGAUCUGCUGACGCUGAACGCAUCGGCAAGCAAGGUUUGUUGUUUCUUCAGCUUUAUGCUGAACUUGCCCAAAUGGCUUUUGAUCGGCGUUUGAAGAGGUUCCCACUAGUUCCAAAACUGCACUAUCUUCAUCACCAGUUCCUGGAGCUAGUGCUUGAUUCUCGAAGAGCUGAAUGGUGUCUCAACAUCAUCAUGACAGGGGUUCAAUUAGAAGAGGACUACAUUGGUAGGCCCAGCCGAUUAGCUAGACGAGUCUCUAGCAGAACAACGGCCCUUAGGGUAAUUCAGAGAUCUUUUUUGGCAGUGCGCAAUGCACUAUCGGAAGGCAUUGCUGAUGAUUCUUGA